AUGAACAGUAAUGCCUACCGCGCCAGAAAUGUCGCAAACGCAAGGAUGGGCCGCUUCUCAGAGACGUGGGGCAUUUCUUCGCGGUUCGACGUUCGGCGGAUGCCCAACAACCAGAACGACAGCAUCUGCUCCGGCAAGGCUCCCUGCAUGUUCGCUAACGUCGAAAGGCGUAACAAUCGCCGUGCUUCCGCUGGCUCAGUAGUACUUUGGCAAUACAAAUUUGGCGUUCCAACAGGACCCAGCGUCGGCUCAGAAGGCAAAAACGACUUAAGACCAGGAAUGGGACCGAUUUCAUCUCGUCUGCGAAAUGGCGGCCUGCUCGCCGAAUCUGACUCCAAUGGACUAUUUUUUCAAUUGGAGGCCUGUAUUAUACGUCACAAAAUUAGUCGCAAAGUAAUUGCAGCGCUAAGAGUGGGACCGAUUGCCCUGCGGCCCGAGCCCAAAUUUUAA